CUUUGUGCAUAAGGUAAACUCUUAGUCAAGACGGCCAGCUGCGGUCUUUUGCUGUUCAACUACAACAUACCAUACACUCAAGACGAUGGGUAUCAAGGCCGACAUGAUUGCCGGAGAGGCAGCAAUGGAGGAGCUCGAGUCUAUCAUCAAUGGCGAAAACUUCAUCUUUGAAGACACGGUCAAUGAAGAUCUGCAGUCUAGCGUCGAGAGCGACUUCUCAUCUGAGGAGGAAAACACGACAAUCGAGGAAUUGGAUCUGAGAGAAGAGAGAAGUUUCUCGGAUGAGGAUUUGAUUGAUGAAGACAUUGAGCUCUUUCGAAAACGCCAGAAUAACCCCUUAUUCGCAAGUUUUCACACACCAUACAUUGAUUCUGUGAUGAACGAGGUGGAAGACAUCGCAACUCUGGUCAACAUUGAAGAUUUGGGAGCAGAUACCUCUCCUAUCGACGAAGCCUACCCAACUCCGUACGACUGGGUCGAGUAUGAGAAUGAUGUUGCUGAGGUCACAGCGGAGAACAACGACAUAGUGGAAGUGUUUGGCGAACAAUUCGCCACCAUUGCAGCAACUGGAGGCAAUCUACUCUCAGCAUGGCUGCUCAUAUCUGCCUAUUUCCACGUGUGCAAGGUAGCAGGAACGUGGGUACCCGGAAAAUUGACCAAAGAACGAUCAGCCUCGCUCGUCUCAGAAUAUGGCCAUCUCAUCCUCCGCGCCGCAACAAAGUCCGUCGAAGAAAUCUCUCGAUUCACUGCAUCUCUCGGCUCAAACAAUAUGCCUCCCGCACCGCAGCAGCAUCAACAACAACAAAAACAACAACAACACCUUCCACCACGAUGGCAACAACUCUUCCACGAAUUCUCCCUCCAAGGCUUCGAACACGAAGACCUCAUGAUGCAAUUCCGCAAACUCCUCGGCGAAACCUCAAACCCCAAAGUCGCAGAAACCAUUUUCGAGCAAACUUUCCGUAACCUCUCCGCCGAAACUAGACUUCUCAACUUUGCCCCGGCUUUACAGCAAUACUUCUUCUUCCCUCACUCCUCCUGCUCCUCCCCGAGCAACGACGAAACUACCUCUGAUGACGACGACGCACUACGCGCCCUCAUCACCAAAUUUAACCCCGAAGCUAACCUCAUGUUUCUGAAUAACAUGAAGAAGAACAAAAGGGGCAAUACCCGUAUCUCUGAGAAGGAAAAGGGUCGGUUAUCUCAUCCUCCUCCUCCUCCUUCUUCUCCUUAUCCUGUUUCAAAAAGGAGUUUGCAGUCCCAGGGUCAGUCACAGGAGAAAAAGAAGAAAAUGCAAAAGACAAAGACUGAGAAGAAAAAGAAGAAGACAGUCAAAAAGACGGGGAGUAGUAAUGAUGGUAGCAAGAAGAAAGUGGGAGGCGGAGUUUCUGCGGGCAGGGUGAUGAAGAAGGGGAAGCCUGUUACAGCAGCAGCAGCAUCAGGGACAAAGAUGACCAAUAGCGCUACUACUACUAGUGACACUGCUGCCACGAUCGGUGCCAGGAGGUACAAUUUGAGAAGGAGGAAGUAG